UUCAGUUGGUAGAGCACUGCACCGGUAUCGCAGAGGUCAUGGAUUCGAAUCCCUUUCAAUCCUGAAUUUCUUUCAGGCUUUAAUUUCACGACUGCUUCAGUUGUGUAUAUAACUGCGAUGAUCAAUCAUAUCCUCAUACAAUUUAUAUCACAGGAGUAUUCAACGAAUCAUACAUGAAAGCCAUCUUAAAACCAGAGUUUUUGUCCAACUUGGAAAACAAGACAGACCAGUUGGAUGAAUGGGAAAGAAAUCAUGAAGGGAAGACGGUUUUUCAGUCACUCCACGAAAGCGUCCUAGAAAAUGUUGGACGACCAAUUUACGCAUUUUUAAGGUAUCUAGAGGAUGACCACAUACAGCACUGUGUGCCGAGCAACGUGUCCAGCGGUUUAUCCUUCCUGCCCGUCUCCUUCGUGUACGUCAACGGAAGUGCAAAUGUCACUCAGAAAACCACCAAAAUGCUUCCGACAGGGGAACCGCUGAACGGAGCGAAGGCUUAUAUCGACAUUCUUUCGUAUUUUACCACCACAAACAAUACCCCGGAUGAAGUGCACGAGCUUGGUUAUACGAUGCUUUAUAAAUUGUUCCCCGAGGUAAGGUUUAUUUUCAUAGUAAUGGUAGCUAUGAUAGUGAGUUCCUCUAAAUCAAGCUAAGAUAAAAAUACCAUCUCGCGAGUCACGGAAACCACAAACCCAUCAAAACGCAAAGCGUAACAUACAGCAUGUGCCAUAGGCGCGGGAAAAAAUGUAACAGGACACCAUUGGAAAAAGUAGCUCCUGCAAAGCGCUGGAAAUGUGGGUAGCUCGCAACAUGAUUGCAAAUGAAGCACGUGUUAGGCGCGAGAAAAUGUGCAAGAGCUGAGCCAAAUUAGUAAUGAAACCCGUGCAAAGUGCGGGAAAACAUGUAAGGCGAGACACGGUUUGCAAA